AUGCAUAAGAAAACUACCAGGUCAACCACUACCAAAAGACCAGCCCCACCUAUUCCUGUCUUAUGCUGGCGUGAAGUCAGAAGUGAUCGGCGGAGUGAUUUCGUUCCGUAUUCUGAAUUGCACAGAAAAUUGUAUGAAAUAAACAACGAGCUUUCCAAAUUAGAAUUACAGGCUCGAAGUAUACAGACAAGAAUUAAAGAGAUGUCUGGAAAGGAUCGAAACGUUAAAGAAUUGCUGAAUCAAUGGUUGCAUACGGUGCAAAUGAAGGAUAAUCUUUUUAAAAAGGAAUCAGAGUUACUUCAAAGGCUUCGUUGUCAAGAAUUAGAAGAUCGGCAUGCGGAGUUGGAGUAUGAGCUACGAAUGCUAUUGGCUAAACAAGAUAUCCUUAAAACCAAAGAAGAAAAAGCACGAGAAGAAGAAUUAAUCGCUGAUUUAAUAUAUAUUGUGGAUAAAAGAGCUGAACUUGUAGAAUCUGUUGAAAAUGUAAAAGUCAAGGUCAGAGGUAGGUCAUCAACCCGAAAAUCUCUGGAAAAUAAAUUUAAAAAAUUGUGCCUGACUAUGAGUCAUGCUAGUCUACUACACAAAGGAUCAUCUGCACAGAAUUAUUCAACAAGAAAAGAUCGAAAAUCAAGAGCAUCAUCUAUAUUUCGUUUCAAGAACAAUUAA